CGUCCCUGUUCCCUUCCCCCUUCCCCGAAUCGAAAAUCCCCCGCCCCUCGCCGAAUCGAUACCGCGGCAUAGGCGAUCUCGCGAUCCUGUGGUCGGCCGAGCCAACCAAACCCUAAGAAGCACGCCCAAUGCCGAUCCCGCAGGACGAGGCGGGAGAGAUUUCGGGAUCUAGGUCGAGGGCAGGGCGGUGGAAGCGGCGGCGGCAGCGGCGCACCCCGGUGGCGGACUGUUCGGGGAAGGCCCAACCGGAAGCCGCGCCGUCAUCGCAGCGAGGCAAGAGGAAAGCCUCCCCGGAGCCGUCGGCCGCAGCAUCGCAGCAGCGAGGCAAGAGCGAAGCCCCCCUGGAGCCGUCCGAGGGAUCCAAGAGGCGGAAGGGAACCACCAAGAAGCGGAAGGGAACUGACAAGAAGAAAGCCGCUACGAGCACGGGCGAGCAGGCGGCCCCAGCUUCACCAGGCGCAUCGCAUGCCUCCUCCUCCUCCUCCUCUGCAGUCAGCUCUCCUCUGCGUUGGCCUCACCCCCCAGCCUACAUCCGAAACCCAGAGAAUGCCCAUGACCCUGCGAUGAAGGAUGCCCUUGAAGCUUAUGACGAGCUCAAAUGCAAGUACCGUGCAAAAAGAAAGCUCCAACAACAGCUUGCAACGCUUGAUAUGUCUAUUUGUGGUUCGUGUAUGGCGAAUGCAAACUUGCAGAGCGUUCGUGAGUCUACUACAAAAACAAUCCUCCAAGCAGCUAAAGUUAUUUUUAGCUUUUCGUCCUAUGUCGAUGGUAAACUCAUGGCACGAUCAUCUGGUUUUCUAAUUGAUUGGGAUGAGGGGACUAAAGAGGGCACUGUUUUGACAUCUGCGCGAAUAAUCUGCUCAAAAUACACGGCCCUAACCCAGUGGUCAGGUACAGAUGAGUAUGUACCUGAUGCUGAGAUUAUUGCUCAUUUGUUGGAUGAAGAUGAGACAACCGUACCUGCAAUCUUGUUUCGCUAUGACAAGCACAUCAAUAUUGCCGUGUUGAAGGUUAAUUUAGACUUGUGUGCUAAGAUUCCUAGGUUUAGUAGUGACAUAAACUAUGGUCAGGAGAUACUUGUGCUCGGUAGAGAUGAACGUUUAAACAUGACAAUUGCUCAUGGAUGUGUUCAUUUCAUGGGCCCAACUACAUACCAACGUCAUCAUUAUCUAUUCACUGGUUGUGAGCCCAGCAUUGGAGGAAUGGUUAUUGAUUUUGAUGGGCACGUUUUGGGGAUGGCUAAUUUUCCCGGGACAGCAUAUAUUCCUUCCUCUAUUGUAUUGAAGUGCUUGGAUAUGUGGAAAAAAUUUCAGUGUAUCCCUCGCCUGCAUAUUGGGAUGAAGCUUUCACCCAUUAAAUUUCUCGAUCCAAUUCAUGUGGAGAGGAUCUUUCGAAAGUGUAAUAUCGAUUCGGGUCUGAUAGUUAAAGAGGUGUCCCAUGGAUCGAUUGCUGAAGAACUAGGAGUUAGACCUGGUGAUGUCGUUGAUUCCGUGAAUGGAGAGUGUGUUGCUACCACAGUUGAGUUGGAGAACUUAAUUAUGAGAAUAUGCGAGAAUCAUCUUGACCAAGGAGGAGCCAUCGGUUCCUGCAUGGACAUUCUAGUUGGUAUCUUGCACAUGCGGAAAGGUCGCAAAGGUCCGAGGCGCACUUUAAGUCUGAGAUUAAAUGUAUCAGACGACGUAGAGGUGUUCACAAGUGAUUUCUGACUUGGCUCUGCAACAGACCGUGCCGAGUCCAUCGUUGGUGGGAUCUUCGCGCACCUGCACAGUGAAACGGCACUCACCAAGGAAGGUUGAAUACGAUGAAAAUUCUAAGAUUAAUGUACAGUUUUGCAAAAUUGAUCUGGGAAGGUUUUCUCUUAGUUUUUUUUGAAGGAUAGAGAGUGGGGAGAGUAGAGGUGCAUGUGAUCUGCAAACAAGAUUUAUAGAUUGCAUGGCUGUCUAGGCCGGCAUUUUAAGCUGCGAGAACGGAUCAGUGGACAGUUUGUAUUUUGUGUCUGCAUGUAUCGUAAGCAGAGUCAAGUUCAGAUAUUUAGAAGAAAACAUUCUCUUGGAGCGGAGCCCAAUUCCUCGCAUUGGACACCUGUUGUCUGAAGUGCAUAGUUUGAAGCCGUGUUUGACAGACAGACAUUUGAUUCUUAGUUUUUUCUCCGGCCGGCUCGGUGCGUCGUCCAAGCCUGCUACAUGAGCCGUUCAGUUCGGAGCAACAGAAAAUCGUCGUGGUCGCCGAGGACGACAUGGAACGCAGGGGUUGGCUUUGUGUAAUUGCGUUAAUGGGCCGCUGUAUGGCCCCUUGAAUCCCUCGGCCUUCCUAACGCCGAUGAGUCUGCAAAUAGGAGUAUUUGGUGGCAACGUGUGAUCUGUUUUGACCUGGUAACCGCGUCCAGUUUAGUCCCACAUGGAAACAUUGAGAAGAACGGCUCGGGGAAGAUGUGUAUAUAUGUGGAGGGUAUGACAACGUUGAAACUUACUUACCUGGACGGGGUCUAUGGGUGAUCAAUAAGACUCAUGGUCUAGACCAAUUGCUCACAUUGUACUUUAUGAGCGUGUUGAUCACUUUGUGAGCGUGUUGAUCUACCAUCUCCCCUUUGUGGGAGAGUGGACGUCGUAAUUUGUGAUGGGG